ACUGGCAGCGCAGACUAGAUGCACACACAUUGAAUGAAAGUCAGUGUAGCAGGCUGUUGCCACCAGCAACUGAUAUCUGCUCCCCGUAAAGUUAUCUUAGUGUCUCGGCAUCUGGUGAGACUGUGUUAGCAGAGAUAAUCUUACACAUUGGUAAAGACAGGUUCAGGACAUCUGUGGAAGGGGAAGGACCAUUGCCUGUGUGUGGCAAUGCAGCGGGUCACGGCGCAGCUCGUGGCCGGUCUGAUUGCAGCGGUGCUUUCGCUGCUUGCAGAGCAGUGUUGGGCGGACGGCGGGGGCCUCAGCCUAGCGGAACGGGUUAUCUGGGCUGUAAAUUCCGGGGGUGAAUCGCAUGUAGACGUGCACGGUAUUCACUUCAAAAAGGACCCAUUGGAAGGGAAACUUGGCAAAGCAUCUGAUUAUGGGAUGCGUCUACCAAUACUGCGCUCCAGUCCAGAGGACCAGAUUCUGUAUCAGACAGAGCGCUACAAUGAGGACACUUUUGGAUAUGAUGUCCCCAUUCGUGAGGAAGGAGACUAUAUACUAGUUAUGAAGUAUGCGGAAGUUUACUUCGCCCAGUCACAGCAAAAGGUGUUUGAUGUGCGUCUGAAUGGCCAUGUGGUAGUGAAGGACCUGGAUAUCUUUGAGCGAGUGGGUCACAGUACCGCUCAUGAUGAGAUCGUGCCCUUCUCUAUUCGACGUGGCAAGCUCAGCGUGCAAGGAGAGGUGUCUACUUUCAACGGCAAGCUCACUGUGGAGUUUGUAAAGGGUUAUUAUGACAACCCGAAGGUCUGCGCUCUCUAUGUAAUGAAGGGGACAUUAGAAGAUGUGCCAAAACUUCAGCCUCACCCUGGCUUGGAGAAGCCCGAGGAAGAGGAGGAAGAGGAGGAGGAUAGUGAGGGAGGCGAGGAAGGUGGGAAGAAAAAGCUCCCCGCAGGUUCCAAGAACAGGGUCCAGUCAGGCCCCCGAACACCAAACCCAUACGCGGCAGACAACAGCAGCCUAAUGUUUCCCAUCCUCGUGGCGUUCGGGGUGUUCAUCCCCACACUGUUCUGCCUCUGUCGGCUGUGAGCCACAGCCAGCGCCUGAGGGGACGUCAAACAGACAAGACGGACAAGAGACUAUGG